AUGUCUGAAAUGAAUGGAGAUAGUAGCAUGAGUGAUGCGAAGAAAUUUACAGCUUUAGUCGUAGACAAUAACAUUAUUGUUCAAAAAGUUGAACAGAUGUUUCUCAGUAAGAAAGGAUUCAAAACUAAGAUCGUGAAAAAUGGCCAAGAGGCCGUUAACAUUUUCAAGGAGGGUAUUUCUUUUGAUGUUGUUAUCAUGGAAAUGAAAUUGCCUAUAAUGGACGGGAUUCAGGCAACAAAAGAGCUGCGAGCUAUGGGUGUUAAGUGCUUAAUAUUUGGCAUGACUACUUCUGAAUCAAAGUCCAACAUUCAACCAUUCAUAGAAGCUGGUUUAGAUGAAUGUUUUUCGAAGCCACUGGAUUUUGUGAUGAUUGAUAACGCUCUUAAGCGCCUCGGAAAGUGA